AUGCAGGUUGAAGAAUCUGUCCCAAUUGACGCGAAUGCGCACUGUCCUGGUCCUUCUAGUGCUGAUGCAGGUAAGUCUGAUGCCUGUGAGGGCUGUCCGAACAAGGAAAUAUGCGCUUCGGCACCUCGUGGAGAAGACCCGGAUUUGCCUCUUGUUACAGAACGGUUGAACAAGAUCAAGCACAAGAUUCUCGUCCUUUCCGGUAAAGGAGGUGUCGGAAAAUCAACUUUUAGUGCUCAAUUGGCAUGGGCUUUGUCGCUCGACGAAAAUAAACAAGUUGGAUUGCUGGACGUGGACAUUUGCGGUCCCUCAAUUCCUACAAUUAUGGGUGUUCAAAACGAAGAGAUUCAUCAAUCGAAUGAGGGUCUGUCCCCAGUCUAUGUUUGUGAGAAUUUAGGCGUUAUGUCAAUUGGUUUUCUCUUACCUUCGGAGGAUUCCUCUGUCAUUUGGCGCGGUCCGAAGAAGAACGGUAUCAUUAAACAGUUUAUCAAAGAUGUAUACUGGGCAGAUUUGGAUUAUCUCGUUGUGGACACGCCUCCGGGCACGAGUGACGAACAUUUAUCGCUUGUUCAGUUUUUUAAACAGUCUGGUGUGGACGGUGCCAUCAUCAUCAGCACACCUCAAGAAGUCUCUCUUCAGGAUGUGCGAAAAGAGAUUAACUUUUGUCAGAAAGCGAAGAUUCCCAUCCUGGGGCUUGUGGAAAACAUGAGUGGGUUCGUGUGUCCAUCUUGUCAUAACAAAUCAAAUAUCUUUAUCGCCAACACUGGUGGAGGAGAAGCCUUGGCGGCCGAGUUCUCGAUUCCCUUCCUGGGUCGUGUUCCACUUGAUCCACGUAUUACUCAGGCUUGUGAUUACGGUAAAAGUUUUGUUGACGAAUGCCCCGAGUCUCCAGCUUCGGAGGCUAUCAUUAAAAUCAUUGAUGGUAUGUGCCUAUGA